AUGUCGAAAGCAGAUGUUCAUACCAUCCCCUCCGAAGUUCUGUCGCUAAUCCUAUCUCGGCUGGACCCCUUAUCAUUGCAUAGGGUCUCUCUGGCAUCUAAGCAUUUGAAUCAGGCUGCCACACUGCCUGCGCUAUGGGAGGAACACUGCGAGUCCUUCUGGCCCAGCGGGCCGCGAGGUGGCGCCAAGGCGGAGAAUCAGCAAUGGGAGCAUUGGAGGCAGCGCAGAUGGAGGGAUGGUCUGAGGGAGCUGGUUGAGAGACAAGGACAGGGCCAAGAGCAGUCAGAAGAAGGUGAAGGACAGAGGCUUACCCUCUCACUAGAGCUCCUCACCGGCCCGCCGUCUGACCCUCGGCCACCUCUGCCCAACUUUCACGGGAGAUUUCAAGAGAGGAUGCAGCAUGAUCAUGGCCUGGUGGAAGAUCUCAGAGCCUUGGUCAUUAGUGACGAUCAAGGCGCUUCCUCUUCCAGCUCUUCCAGCUUCUCUCGGACACAUCUGGCUGCUUUCUGUAGAUUAGCUCUACGAUAUGGCCAAGAUGUACGAGAUCUCCUGCAUAGACUGGCUUGGGAUCAGACUGUCGACGCCGAUAACGUCGAUGAGGUUAUGGCGCGCUUUCGCACAGAGACUACAAGCCCUUGGCCGACUGCCUACGACGUCCAUACUCGUCUGUCCAGUUACCCAGGAGUGAGGAGACCUCACAAAGACUACCACCUCGCCCUCCAUCACUUUGCACGCACCCUGCUCGAUUACCUUCAGAGGGCCGAAGGGCUUGAGGUCUUCCGACAGAUUAGAGAGAAAGAUUCUCAAUUGAGGUACGAUGAGCAAGUCAUGCGGGCCCAGACGGCUGGAGAUCGGGAUGGAGGGGCAUGGCAGAGGGCCAUGACAAGUACCGAAGAGGUCGAGGCAGCUCUCUCUGCUUUGGCAUGCUUCAGGGGUGGAGACAGGGCUGAGAUAUCACGCUACCUGGAUGUGAUAGCGCUGUCGUGCUACUUCUCUCUCCGGCCAGGAUCCGAAAGCAACACGUCGCUCCGCGCUGCCAGCCGACAGAUCAUGGCUCAUUUGCAGCAAUUAGGCAGUGGCGUCGCCGACCCUCUGAAUUUCCUCGACAUCGACAACUCUUUUCUACACAUAUCGAUCAUGUGUCCCGACAAUCGAGCUACGCUGCCUCUCACACUCACACUCAUUUUCUGCGCCAUCGCUAGGAGACUAGGUAUCGCUGCUGCUCUCUGCAAUACUCCGGGAAGGAUCAUUGCUGUGGUAGAGGAAGGCGCCAUGACAGACUUGCCCAACGACCCAGGGACCCGGCGACAAUUUUAUAUCGACGCGUCUCAGGAAGAUCCAGUCCGGGAGAAUCUUCAGAACUUCACGGCCGAAGGAGGAGCGGCCUACAACGCUGCGCUGGCGUCAAUCGACUGGAAGCCCGCCAGCCCUGCCGACCUGAUACGAAGGUGCGCCCACAACAUUCUCAAUGCGGUACAAAAUGGGCGUGGCAUUCCUAGAGUCAUCCAUGUACACACUGCCCGUGCAAGGAGAAGUCGAGAGCAGCAAGCUGCGCAACAAUCUAGCAAUGAAGACGCACUCAAGGAGAAGACAGGAGCCUCCACGCCUGCUCAAGAAGUUUUCAGAUUCCUCUCCUGUCAUCCGAAAGACCACCACGCUCUCUUCCUACAGAAGGCUCUGCCUGUCUUCUUGAAAAGAGUCCUUCUGUCUACUACCCCCUCCACGCUGCCAUCUUCACGACGUGCCUCUCCCCGCCACGAAGACGAAGAAGACGCGACGUACGCUGCAGCAUGGAUCAUGACGGAGCUCAGUCCCGAGGAGUUGGGCACGAGGGGAAAAAAAUGGAUCAUCGGCCAGAUCGAGCUGAACUAUCCGCUCGACAUACUGCUUUGUCCCGGAGGUGAAGACGAGAUGAACAAGCUUGUCUUGGCACAGCAGAGGGCGGAGCAGCAGCAGAGUGGAAGGCGUGCUGCACCCGAUCAUGACCUUGGAACGGAGGAAGAGAAUGAGAGGCAACACUACGCUUUCUCUGCGUCCUCUUCAGCCUCGUCCGACUCGGAGACCUCCGACGAGGCAGGAGACGCAGAUCGCAUCUUCCGCACCAGCGCCGGGCUGCUCUUUCAAAACGACAUCCUCCCGGUAGAAGUUCACCCACGUCGUCCUCCCCAACACCCCUCGAGCGUCUCUUCUGCCUCUUCCGCCGAGCAAGAUCAAGAGCGAGACAAUAUCCUCUACACCGUCGGCACUCUCUUUAAACAUCGUCGAUUUGGUUAUCGAGCCGUCAUUGUCAGUUGGGAUCCCAUUUGUUCUGCUAGUCCUACUUGGAUUCAACAAAUGGGAGUAGAUCAAUUAGAAGGGGGAGGAAGAUCACAACCUUUUUAUCAUGCAGUCGUGGAUGAUGGAUCUAGGAGGUACGUCGCACAGUGCAACGUUGUACGUCUAAAAUCGGGUAGCAGUGGUUCGUCUAGUGGUAUAUCCAGCAGAGCACAAGUACGAUCUGGAGUGUCAGGGCUGGAGGUAAGGGCAGCUCCAGCUCCAGCUCCAGCUCCAGCUCCAGCUCCAGCUCCAGCUCCAGCUCCAGCUCCAGCUCCAGCUCCAAGUCGAGCCAACCUUCUUGAAGAAGAAGGCGAAACCAUCGAGGACUUUGUCCAAGUCUUGAAUGUGCGCGGCAUCGGUAGGGAAUUUCGCGCGGCCGAUGCCUCCCAGUAUCGAUUGAGAAAAAAUGCAACACUACGUGCUGCUUUCCCUGAUGAUGAGAGUGCAGAUGAGGAUCUGUAA